AUGAAGCUCCAAUAUACUUCUUUCGCCCUCACUGCCUGUUUGAGCACUGCUGCUGCAAUGGGUCUGUCUGACCUUCCCGCUUGUGCUAAAGACUGCGCGACUGGCUCGAUCCCCUCGCAUUGCAAUUCCAUUGACGCCAAGUGUAUUUGCUCCGAUAAAUCAUUCAUCUCGAGUAUCUCCUGCUGUGUUGCCAGUAAAUGUUCAAAGACAGAGCAGGCCGGUGUAAUUAAAUUCGCGGACCAAAUCUGCAGCGGCGUUGGCGUUGGUGACCUCCCCACUUCUGCUAGCUGUGCAAGUGGAAGUACAGCGACAGCCACCUCAAAGACAGAAUCGACCGCUACUGGAACAUCGAUGUCGACAACUGGUGUUGGUGCUGGCGCUGCUUCAUCGACAAUCACGUCGGCUGCCAGUACUGCCACUAGUACCGGUGGCGCAGCGCUGGUAGCUCAGAAUAAGGAUGCCACUCUCUAUGCGGCCAUGGGAGUCGCUGCAAUGGCGUUCCUGGCAUAG